AUGAAGCUCACCGCCGUCCUCCUCUCUGCCAGCGUUCUAUUUCUGGGCUCGGCUAAUGCGUAUUGGUGCACCGACUAUGGCAAACAGGCUGUCCAUUUGAGCUGCAAGGCUCUGUACACGUGGUCUUGGAGACGAACUAGUCCUCACCUGUCCGUUAUCGGCCUUUCCGCUUUGGGCUUCUCCGGUCACCUCACGUCCAGCAGCCGCAAAAGUCUCCCCACCGCCCCCAACAGGGUGUGUCGCCAAUCGGCGCCGCUACACGAAUCCAACCCAAUCCCGACGGGCCUUCUUCUUCACGCCGCCAUGCUCAACCUCAAGUUCAUCAACACCACGAACGUGCCCGUCCCAAAGAGGAAAAUUGCACUGCAUGCGUGUGAUACUUGUCGGAGGAGAAAGAAACGAUGUUGGCAUCCGUUGGGGGACGGGGAGUCUCCACCUCCGCAUGCCGUUCACUGGAGGAAAAGAGGCAUACCCCCGGGGUUGGCCGCGUCCGCUGAGGCCGAUUCUCCAGAUGAUGCGGCCGCAACGCCGAUAGAUCCGUCUUUGCAACACAGUCCAACUACAGAGCAGGCUGUGACAACUCGUCCGCGCAAUGAUAUCAGCGACGGCGAUGAUCAUGAUGGCUAUGACGACCGGACGGUUGACUCAAUUCAUGUUGCAAACUCGGAGCCUUCGGUCCCGAAUCCAGCGCCUCCAGUUGAGCAACCACAGUCCCGUGUCAAGAGCUCAGAGACUCAGCCUAAUACUGCCAACACGAGGCUAGGUAUUCCAAGCCCAGCAUCUCCGUUAAUAUCUGUAAAGAGCCCAGCAAUUCAAGCUAUAGGCUCCGCAACUCACAUUGCAAGCACCGAGACCAAGGUCCAACCAAUAGAUUCUGACUCCAACAAUCACAACGACGACAGAUUUGUAGGCGACUUGAACCCGGAGGGCGCGUUCCUGGCCGAUAGCCCGGCAGCAAGUCGCGGUCACGCCGAGUCCAACGCCGUGGGCGUCUGGUAUUCUCGCAGAAAUAAAUCUGAUAGCCCGACCCCGGAACUUACGUCGGCAGUAUCGGUGGACCACGGGGUACACCAGUUCCUUGCCGUGUUGCCAAAUAAAGAGCACUAUGAACAUCUCGAAAAGAUCUACAUUCGGGAUGUUCACCGAAUUCUACCCGUCAUGAACCUCGACAUACUCCGGGCGCCAGCCCCCACGAUAUCCCAAGUGUUAUGCAAGCAGGCUAUUUGUCUCGCCGCCGGCUCAAAUCCCAGCGCCAAACCUUACCUCACACUCGGGCAGGACGCGUCGUCCCCAGUCUUGGUCUACUCUGAAUUCGCCCUCCGCCUCGCCUCGGCCAUCCGGACGGCACUGGGACUCGGCCUGGUCAAGGAUCGAGUCCAAGCAGUCGCCAUCAUGGUGAUUCUGUCCCUGUACACCCACUUCUCGCAAGACCGCCACUUAUCCGCCGAGCUAGCGGCGCAGGCCGUCAGCAAUGCGCAGACGGUGGGACUACACCUCCACAAUCCGCCAGCGCGGUCGGAGGACCCGGCCUAUCUGACGCGGCUUUUCUGCUGUGUUUGGGCAAUGGACCAGCUUAAUGCUGCUUUUCAUGGACGGCCGGUGAUGAUACACGAACGGGAUUUGGGGCGCGAUAUGGAGGGGUGUAUCCGAGAGCAGGAUAGCUGCUUUCGGCUAUUCCUCGAGAUUGUCGUCUUGCUUGGGCGUAUCAUCGACCUGUAUCGCCCGGCAGCAAAGAACACAGGCUGCGUUGUCAUGGAGGAUUUUCCAAGCUUCGAUAGCCUCGUUGACAAGGCACAGGCUCUCGGCGUUGAAUCUCGCCUCUUGGCUUCCAUGGAACUUCUUUAUCACGGUAUUAGCAUAUUAUCAUGUCGGAUUCCUGUUGGGUCAACGCGAUCUGAGCACCUCUCACUGGCGUUCAAUCGACAAGGUCUCUCCGCUAUCAAGGUCACGACCAUUUUCGAAGACUUUGGCAACUCUCUGUCGCACAUGACGUUUGUACCAUACGCCGUCUCCCUUUCCCUGCGGGUUGCGUAUCGAGAGCUCCGAUCUCACAAGGUGCCAAUGUUGACAGCAAGGUCUCGGCGGCAGCUCCAGUCAACAUGCAAGAUACUCCGGGGGAUGAGCAGCAUGUUCAGGUCCGCACAAGUCAUGGUUGAUCUGGCAGAACAAGUAAUUCAAGAGAUAGACCAAGUCUGCACCAACGCCUUGAAUGAGCAGAAUGGGACUGGCUCGGGAAACGCGCCGAAUAGUCCUCGACAGAAUGAAGCAGCACCACAUGUCGCACCUGAUGUGGGCAGCAGUACUAUCGAAGACGGGACCAAUCCGCCCAACGGUGAACCGAUGCCCGUCUUUGACCCCUCACUCCUUGAAGGGCCUGCAGGUUUUGAUGUUUUCGAGUUCUUCGAUCCUGGCGAUCUCAACGCUAUUGACGCCAUCUUGGGAGGCGAUGCUCCGCCAGGAAUUGGUCCAAUGGGUUCUUUUCUUUAA